ACUCAUCCCAGCACCGGAAGAGACCAGACGCGUGGAACGAAUUGUCUUUUCAUCGAAUCGAAUCGAGUGCAAAAAGAAUGGAGAAGUUUGUGGGCAAAUGGCUUCUGUCUGAUCUGGACUUUGACCAACUGAAGAAACUGUACAUGUCUAAAUUUGGCGCACAUGAAGCUCAACUAAACAAGGACAAAGAAAAGUGGAUGACAAUCUACCUGGAAGUGACUGAAAAAGGGACCCAUUGGAAGCAUGCCAAUGCUCCAAAUGGAGAUACAACCAUGAAGUUUGACAUGACAAAGUAUACGUGCGAAGUCAACCGCCCCAGCAGGAAUGAUAACAUUAAGAGCACAUUUGAGAUGAAGAGUGACACAGAAAUUGUCAUCCACAACCCUAACCGUCUCACGAUGACCGCCAAGUUGACUGGAAACGACCUGACAUUUACCCAGGCCAUUGAUGACGUCAGCGUGGACAGUGUGUUCACCAAGUCCACGGAGUGAGAAACCACCAUCUUCCGGUCAACCAUCAACACAGGCCUGAAAUACAGUGGUUUUUCUUUAGCUACAUGUUUACCUUUGCUCUGGCUAGAGUAUACGUAGUUCUGUAGUAACGUUGACUUUGUGCCUUCUUAGUCAUUUUAGCCUAUUGUGAAGUAGUAUUGGAUUUAGUUUGUUUAGAGUGCAUAGAAAGGAAAACUAUUAUGAUGGUGUCACUACAAUGCAUCAACACAGGCCUGGAAUUCAGCGUUUUUU